GAAAUAAGACGUCUAAAAAUAGAAGAAGACUGGGAAAGUAUUCUAUAUGGUCUAAUAAUUAGAAGUUUUGUAUUACUAAUCCAAUCUUUUUUUAGAAAAUAUAUUCUACUACCUUCAUUGAUAAUAACUAAAAAUAUCAUUCGUAUCCUAUUAUUUCAAAAUCCCGAAUGGUCAGAAGAUUUUAGGGAUUGGAGCAGGGAAGUUCAUAUUAAAUGCACCUAUCAGGGCAUUCCAGUAUCCGACAAAGAAUUGCCAAAAAACUGGUUCGACGAGGGUAUUCAGAUAAGGAUCUUAAACCCUUUUGUUCUGAAAGCUUGGCACAAAUCUAAGGUACAAUCUACUGAAAAAAAAAAAAAAAAAAAGAUCCACAGAAAAAAAAUAUACUGAAAACAAAAACUUCUGGUUUUUAACAGGUUAUGGAACACUAGUAGAAUCGUACCUUGAUGAGGGUUUCCCAAGAGACCCACUUUCAAUUUUUGGUCCCGUUUUAAAAACAAUAAGAAAACAAUUGAAAAAAGAUUUGAAAAAGCAUUUUUUUCUAGUUCUAAAAUUUUUAAAUGAAAGAAAAAAAUGGUUUCCAACUAUGUUAAAAAAAAUAGAAAACUGGAACAUCAAAAGGAUUCUUAAAAGUAUUCUAUUUAGGUUCAAAAUAAUAGAUGAAACAAUAGAUGAACUGAGUGAAAGCAAAAAAACUUCAACAAUCAGUAAGAAUAAUUCAAAGAUUGAGGUGAUUGAGGUGAUUGAGGAAUCACCCGUUAAAAUGGAAUCGAUUAAUUGGACAAAUUCUUCAUUCACAGAAAAAAGGAUAAAAGAUCUUAAUGUUAAAACAAAGACAAUCAUAAAACAAAUAGAAACAAUGACAGAAGAAAAAAAAGAGGGGAUUCUAACUUUAGAGAUCAAUUUGAAUUCGAACAAAACUACUUAUGAUGCUAAAAGAUUAGAAUUACAAAAAAAUAAUUUGCAAAUCUUACAAAGAAGAUUUGUUCGAUUAAUACGUAAAUCCUAUUCUUUUUUCAAAAUUUUCAUAGAAGGGGUAUACAUAGAUAUCCUUUUAUGUAUCAGUAGUAUUGCUAGGAUCCAUCGACAACGUUUUCUUGAUUUUCUUGAAUCAACAGACAAAAUACUAAAUGUAAAAAAACCCAUUUACGACAAAAAAAAAAAAAUGGAAGAAAUGGAAGAAAGAUUUGAAAAUCUAAGUGUAAGUAGACUUAUAUCGAUUCUAGAGAAAUCUGAGAAUAUUACGAAUAUGAAUUCACAGAAUUCUUGGGAUGUAUCUUCUUUGUCAUCUUUGUCACAAGAAUAUGUAUUUUAUAAAUUAUCACAAAUCCAAUUUAGUAAUGGAUCUAAAUUUAAGAUAAGAUCUAUUUUGGAAUCUCCUGGAAGAUCUUUUUUUCUUAAGAAUGAAAUAAAGGAUUAUUUUUUUAGAAUGCAAGGAACAUAUAAUUCCAAAUUAAGACAUAAGAAACGUUCCGAUUCGUUAAUGAAUCCAUGGACAAAUUGGUUCAAGGUUCUUUAUCAAUAUGAUUUACCUGAGAAGAGAUGGUCGAGAUUAGUAUCACAAAACUGGAGGAAUAGAAUCAAUGAACAUCGUGUGGCUCAAAAUAAAGAUUUAGUUGAAUAUGAUUCAUAUGAAAAAAAUCAAUUAAUUUGGAAAGAAUUAAUUCUUUCCAAAAAACAAGAACAAGAAGGAGACUUAUUAAAAAUAGAAAUUAAAAACAAAAUUAAAAAACAAUAUAGAUAUGAUCUUUUCUCCUAUCAAUAUCUUAAUUUUGCGAAUAAGAAAAAAUCCUCUAUUUAUGGAUAUAGAUCACCGAAUAAAAACCAAGCGAUUUCUUAUAAUUACAACAUCUCUAUCCAAAAUUAUCUAGAAGAAUAUGAUAUUCUAGAUAUGGAAAAAAAUCUGGAAAAAAAUCUGGAUAGAAAGUAUUUCAAUUGGAUGGGAAUGAAUGUAAAAAGGAAAAAGACUUCUAGACCGAAGGAUAAAUUCCUUAUUCCCGGAUUUUGGUUCUUUUCAAAAUUAAGCAAAUUAUAUUGUGCAUAUAAGAUGAAUCCUUGGAUCUUACCAAUAAAAUUCUUUGUUUUGCAGCUUGAUAAUUUAGAGUUAACAACGGAAGAAUACGUGAAUACAGUAGAUGAAGAUCUUAAAUCUGUCUCAUACUAUUAUAAAGGAUCAGAUUCUAAAUACAGGACCGAUCUAAAGGGAGAACGGGAUUUCUUACUAUCAAAAUAUUUGGAAAGUAAAUAUUUAUAUGCUUUCCAUAUUUUUAUUUCUCAGGUUCUUUACUCAUUGAAAAUUAAUUAG